UUCCCUUCCCUUCCCUUCUACUACACUACACUAUUCUCUCUCUCAUAGUUUCCUAUUUUCGAGGGAAAGAACAAGCAACCAUUUCAUUAACUUAUUUCAUUAAGUUAUUUUCUUAAGUUAAAUCAAGUUCCGCCAAAGUUUUUUUCUUCGAAAUUACCUAACCAUGAAGCAAUCUUCAUCCAACUAUUUCUCCUUACUAAUCAUACUACUAAUCAUCAUAUUAUCAUUCACAGUCUGUGACAACAUCACAGCCGUCCAAUUCAUUUCACCAUCUUCUUCAUCAUCAUCAGCCACGUAUUUCCCUAGUGGCGUUUCCAACCACCACCACACGAUCAACAUCACACAAAAAACAACACCACCACCACCGCGGCCACCGCCGUUGUUGAAGGCGGGGGCGGGGGACUUGGAGGAAAUACUACAGCUGGCGACGAAGCCGAAGACGGUGGAUUGGAUUAAGAGUGUUAGAAGAAGAAUUCAUCAAAACCCUGAAUUAGCGUUUGAAGAAUAUGAGACUAGUGGUUUGAUUAGAGGUGAGUUAGAUGAGCUUGAAAUUUCUUACAAGUAUCCAUUGGCUAAAACGGGUAUUCGGGCUUGGGUUGGGACUGGUGGGCCCCCUUUUGUGGCGCUUCGUGCUGACAUGGAUGCUUUGCCUAUUCAGGAAGCUGGAGAUUGGGAGUAUAAGAGCAAAAACGAUGGCAAAAUGCAUGCUUGUGGCCAUGAUGCACAUGUUGCCAUGCUUCUUGGUGCUACCAAGAUACUCAAAUCUCGUGAACAUCUUCUAAAGGGAACAGUAAUCCUGCUAUUUCAACCAGCAGAGGAGAAAGGGAAUGGAGCAAAAAAGAUGAUAGCAGAUGGUGCUUUACAAGAUGUUGAAGCUAUCUUUGCAGUUCAUGUUUCCCAUCAGAGUCCUUCUGGAACCAUUGGCUCGAGAAGCGGCCCAUUACUUGCCGGUUGUGGCUUCUUCAGGGCGGUCAUUAGUGCUGCUACACCUGAUUUGGUUGACGGCCGCCAGCUUCGCCGUGCUGAUACUGUUUUGGCGGCUUCAGCUGCCGUUAUCAGCCUGCAAGGCAUUGUUUCCCGGGAAGCUAAUCCUUUGGAUUCUCAGGUUGUUUCAGUGACUCUGGUUGAUGGUGGAAACCAAUUUAGCAUUGUGCCGGAAGAUGUUGUCAUUGCUGGUACUUUCCGGGCUUUCUCAGACAUGCAGAAGCUCCUACGCAGAAUAGACGAGGUGAUCAAGGAGCAAGUAAAGGUGUUUAGGUGCUCGGCGACACUGGACUUCUUCGAAAAAGAGUACACGAUCUACCCUCCAACGAUGAACGACGACCGUAUGCACGAACACGUAAAAAACGUUGCCAUAGACUUACUAGGACCAGAGAAAUUCAAAAUCGUACCACCAGUAAUGGGAGCAGAGGAUUUCUCAUUCUACUCCGAAAAAAUCCCUGCUGCAUUUUACUACAUCGGUAUCAAGAACGAGGAAUUAGGGUCGAUACACUCGGUACAUUCCCCUCAUUUCUUCAUCGACGAAGACAUGCUCCCUACCGGUGCUGCAAUGCAUGCCGCCAUUGCUGAAAGAUACUUGAAUGAACAUGGAUAAUGAUCAAUUGAACCACAAAAUUUAUCUAUAGUACAUAUUGAGAUCCACGUGCAUAGGUAUGCAGCUUAAAAUUUGACUCGUUUCCUGUUUUUUUAAACGUAACCUUUUUGAGGUAACUUUUUUUGUUUCCGAAGUUUCUCUACUCAGACAGAGGGACUUUGGUACAAUGUUGGAAGUUACCUUUGGAAAUCUAGGGUUAUGUUUAGUAGUCACAAGCUCAUGACACACGAGUUUAUUCACGUCAUUAUAUUUACUUUAACGCAUUAGUAUGUCUUAAUUAUUAUUAUUACUACUCCUAUGUUCGAUGUUUUUGGAAACAAAUUAUGUAAUGCGUUGAUUUUUGUAGCAAAUUCGAAUAGCAGUUAAUAAUAUAGUAUCACGUAAUUGUUGGUUUCUCUUAAACAAACACGAAGACUUUGUAUA